AUGAAGAACCUCAACAUCAUAACGAACAAAAUUGUGGAGGAGCGGGUGAAGGAGUACUGCAGGAAAAUCGAGGAGCAGAAACUGAAGAAUGUCAAGCCCACCAUUCAGUUCGACCGCACCAAGCGCAGCCUAAAUAACAGGAAGAAGCUCUACCACGCAAAAAUGAGAAACGACGAAAUAGAGAGGAACAACAGAAUUCUGAAGAAAAAACUGGAGGGCAUCACCAGGCGAGACAAGCGGGCGGCGGAGCAGUCGAAGCAAACGGCCAUCCAGUUGGAAGUUAACAUAAACAGGAAGAACUUUCUUUUUGAUAAUAUUAAGAAGGCCAAAGUUAAAAAGGAGAAAAAAAGCGCCCACGUGAAUGCGCCUGCCGCGGUGGUUGUGAAGCCCAAAGUGAAAGUGCUCUACAAAGGCUACAUCGACGACAGCCAGAAGAGCUGCAAGUUCUACACAGAACUGAAAGUCGACGAAGAAGCCAACCUGAGCGUCAUCGCGCUGAACUUGAAGAAUAAAAAGAUAAAAAAGUUUUCCUGCAAUAAGGAGAGGCACCACGAGUUGCUCAGCAACCUCGGGACCUACGAAGCUAUCGCGAAGAACCUCACCCACCAGGAGGAAGAGGGCGCGGACAGAGCUAAGAAGCGAACCCCAAAUGGAAGGCCAAGUGGAGAGCCAAGUGGGAAGCAGACGGCCGACAAACCGAUGCGCAUCAAACACCGGGUAAUGUUAGAAAGCGUAGAAAAGACAUGUGACUUUUACCUAAAGAAAUAUUUCAAUGAGGAAAUGCAAGCGGAAGAUGCAGACCCAUCCAGAGGCACUACCAGUGGCCAGGGAGAUACCCACAUGGGUAGAAAUAAAAGUGCCUUAAAUUUGAAGAAAAAAAAAAACUCUUUUCUUUUAAUUAAAAAUGAUCUAUUGUAUAAGUCAAAGAUAAAUGAGGCCCAGGCUGUCCUCAUAUUUAAGAAGAUAAAGGAGAAACUCAAAAAGAAUAGCAGCCACGUGGGUGGCGUCCUCGGCGGGGCCCGUGCAGGCAACUGCUCCAACCAGGGAACCAUCUCCAAGACGGCAGCUGUCAACCAGAGCGACGCCCCCGACGGUGCACCCGCCGAUGAUGCGAAGCCGCACUCCGUGGAGGAAGCAGCGGUAGAAGAGACGGAAGCGGCAGAGCAGGAUGGCAACCCCCCUCUGGAAAGCAACUACACGAAGGACUUGCGAAAGUGGAGAGUCACGCUGGACGAGGGCGUGCGCGGUGAAGUGGAGGUGGCGGUGGAGAAGCACCGAGGGGGAGCGGCAGGGCAGGAGGUGCAGGCGGGAGUGGAAGUAGAUGGGGAUAAAGAAGAAGCCAUCGCGGAGGAGGAAGAAGUACCCGUGGAGGAGGAAGCACCUGCGGAGGGAGAAGUACCCGUGGAGGAAAAAAUACCCGUGGAGGAAGAGGCACCUGUAGAGGAAGAGGCACCGGUGGAGGAGGAGGCACCUGUGGAGGAAGAGGCACCGGUGGAGGGAGAAGUACCCGUCGAGGAAGAAAUACCCGUGCAGGAAGAAACACCCGUGGAGGGGGAAGUACCUGUAGAGGGAGAAGUACCCGUGCAGGAAGAAGCACCUGCGGAGGGAGAACCACCCGUGGAGGAGCCGCAAUCUGAAAGUGCCGAGUGCUCUGCCGCUUUAGAGUGCGCCCAGGGUGAGGAAACGGCUGAAGGUGCGGAUGCGAACGGGGGGAACGAAGCCGAGGAGGGCACACCGCAAGGCAACCAAGCUGAGGAGGGCACACCGCAAGACAACCAAGCGGAGGAGAGCACUAUGAAAGAUAACACAAUCGAGCAAAUCACACCGCAAAAUGACCAAACCGAGGAGAGCACCUCUGCGGACUCCGUGGAGAAAGUCGCGGCAGCCCCCCCUGGUGGUCAAGACAACAUCGCAGGCGCGUCAAACGAAAACUGUGCAGAGGAGUGA